CUAUUGCUGAUUUGUGAGCAAUGUUUCCGACCUCCAUUGUACCGUUCAUCCUUUUUCUGGAUCAAAUUGAUGCUCCACAAAAUACCAUCACGACUACAAUUGCAUUUGAGGUAACACACCGAGCGCCACUGAAGAGGAGAAGGGAAAAGAUCGUGUCUGUCAAUGGCUCCGGAGAGAGAGCGGAAUCAUCAGAGAACCAUGAUUCCCGCAACAAGAAGAAUAAGCCUGAUAAGGAAUUGGCAUGGCAUUGCAGUGGCAAUGAGGAGGAGAUGGAUGUCCAUGAAAAAGAUGAGGAUGAGCAUAGGGACCAGGAGCAGAAUAACCCCCAACAGAUGUGUCCAGAGCCAGACCUUGUAUCAAAGCAAAAACCAGUUGCAUUUGAGUUAACACACAGAGGGCCACUGAAGAGGAGAAGGGAAAAGAUCGCGUCGGUCAAUGGCUCUGGAGACAUAGAGGACUCAUCAGAGAACGAUGAUUCCCACAACAAGAAGAAUAAGCCUGAUAAGGAAUUGGCAUGGCAUUGCAGUGGCAAUGAGGAGGAGAUGGAUGUCCAUGAAAAAGAUGAGGAUGAGCAUAGGGACCAGGAGCAGAAUAACCCCCAACAGAUGUGUCCAGAGCCAGACCUUGUAUCAAAGCAAAAACAGGAAACUUCAAGAAGAUUUGAUUCUAGUACCAAGUCUGCAUUCCAACACCGACCACUGGAGAACUAUACAGAAUUUUUUACGUACAAGACCAGGGGCAUGGCAGAGUACCUGGGAAAACCCAAAAGCACAGCUAACCACCAGAUUAUGAAAGUGUGUCCUACUUCUAAAGUAUCCAACUUAACAAGCCAUCGGGUGAACAAUAUUACUACUCUGAAAAAAACCACCCAACCUCAAAAACAAGAUAUUAAGAAACCUGCUGUUACCAAGACAAAUCCUGGGAAAUCUUCUGGAGGGUGCAUGUGGCGGCUGUGUCAGGUUGUUCUGGUCCUAGUUGUUUCUGUUGUUGUGGGUCUCCUGGCCUUCCAGAACUUCCCACUGCCCCACAGGCCUUCAGGUGGUAGAGACCAUCCAGACUGGCCUGUGAGAGAGGCUGAGUUUGUGGCUACAUUGUCUACCUUGGUAGCCAUGUUCCCAGGCCAACAUUCUGAGCUGUGGAGGAGGACCAGAAUCCACCUGGAGAGGCACCUCCAGACAGCCCAGCCCACAGAACCGGUCAGUCUGAUGUUGACAGCGGGCCGCAGGGGGGAGAGGACGCUGCACUGUCUGGCCAAUCGCCUGGGCUUCGCCUUUGCCUCCGCCCUCAACACUUCCGUCCUCCAAAUCGACGGAGCCAGCAAGGCUGACCAGGACAGUGAUCUGGUCAAGCUGGAGGUCGACAACCAGCUGCGGGAAGCAUUUGAGGGUGACCAGUCUGUGGCUGUCAUCCACCGCUUUGAGGAGCUGCCACCGGGUUCCACGCUUAUUUUCUACAGGUACUGUGACCAUGAGAAUGCUGCCUUCAAGCGGGUAUUCCUGGCCUUCACUGUGCUGCUGCCUGAGGAAGACCUGGAGAAGCAGCUCACUCUGAAUGCAGUCGAAGAGAGGGUGCAGGAUUUUAUAAAGGACAAGUUUGUGGGAAGUAAAAGUUUAGAUAACCAUGCUUUCUUUAACAAGAUGGACCUGGACAAGCUGAGUGGAUUGUGGAGCCGCAUAUCUCACCUCGUCCUGCCGGUGGCAGCAGAGGAAAGCAUAGAACAUGGAGGAUGCACAAACUGAACAGUAGAGCACAGGAUACAUCUAGUCUGAAAGACUAAAGGAGCAGGCUUGCUGAGGUGGGCUACUCCCAUCUACCCCUCUGCAGUGAAUAGCUUGGGUUGUAUAGCUGAGAGAUAUUGACAUAAACCCAUAUCAAGCCACUCUUGAGUCUCUCAGUUUUGGGAAUUUCUGUACCUGAGGUAAAACCCUUUCUGAGUGUGCUUUUUAUUGAGAUAAAAAACCGAUGGAUUUAGACCAACGUGAUGAUCCAGCCCAACUGCACUGUUUGGUUUCCACUGACCUUUCCUCUGUUUCUGGGUAAAGGUUGGGAACUGCUGUAAAAAACUUAACUUAAGCUUUGUAUAAAUAAAAGGGCAGUUAUGUGAAAUAACAAAUUAUGCAUUCAGUUUAAUUGUUUUACCACAGAACAAUAUGCUGGUAUUAUACUGACUGAAAAUGUUAUCUUCACAUUUAGGGUAAAUAACAUUUUGAAUGGAAAUAAUUUUCCUACUACAAUGGUAAAACCAAAAUUGUAUUAUAUUAAUUAAAAUUAUUAUUAGUAUCGAAUGGUUGUACAUAGGGGAUAUUUUUUGAAGCGCCAUUCUGUGGUAGAGCUAUAUUUUCUUAACAACAGCUGAUCAGAGAUCAACAAAUGUUUUAAAGGCAAUUAUUUUAGUUUUUCAAAUUCUUACUGCUAUUACACUUAACAUUCGUGUUCAGCAAUUCCUAUUAAAUAUGCUUGAGUAUUUUAAGUAAAAAGGUUCUUGAUAAUUGCUCUUGGUAGCCAGUGCUGGUGAGCUUUCUCCUUGUACCUUUUUGAUUUUGGAGGAACAUUGUGAUCUUUACAAUGCCCUGGUGGUGCCAUUUGGCCUCAAUUCCUUAAUGAUGGUCUUUUCAGUGUUCUGUCAAAUUGAAUGCCUUCAAAACCAUUUGAUAUUUCUCUCCUGAUCUGUACCUUUCAAAAAUAAGAUCCCAAUGAUCUUUUGUUAUUUCCUUGUAGACCAUUUCUGCAAGAAACCUUCAAGGAAGUCCUUCAAGAACAGCUGAUGUAAUGUCAGUUAACAGCAAGUUACCUUUAUACAUUAAAUGGGAUUGGUAACUCUGAACCUGAUUACAAUUAUAAUGGGUGUGCCUUGAAAGUUUGUAGAUUUUUUUAUGAUUUUGCUAGGACAUUAUACAUUUGUUUUUCACUUAAAUAUUGUUGAUUAUUGGUGGAAAAGUCAGACAUUAUUUAUCUUGAUCAAGAUCACAAACCAGAAGGUUGGUCUUCAUGGUCAUAAACCAGAAGGUGUUUAAUAUACACUUCUUGAUACAUUACAUUUACAUUACAUUUACAGUACAAUCUGCACUAGUAAAAAAUUCUAAAUCAAAAAUACAGUACAUUGCUGGUAUUGUCAGUCAGAGAUUGUGCCUUACAGGUUAUUUUAAUAUAUGGGGAGGAUGUUGUUGAUAUGUUUUACCUCAAUGAUCGACGUUAUUGUUAAAAGACUAUCCAAGCACAAAUGUUUUUCCACUCAGCAAUUUUUCAAACAUAUGCUCUGGUGUUGUAAUGAAGUUUUGUUUUGUGUUGCUAUCACCAAAUAAGUGUGACCUUUCUUGGGAUUUGUUUUGGUUUUCUUAAAUAAUUUUAAAAAAAUAUAUAAUGUUGUGGGUUGACUUAAUCAAACAGUACACCAUAUUUUUGAUGGCUAGAAAGCCAGUUAUAUUUUGUAUUGAUUUACUUAUUUCUUUCUGCAGCUAGAAUUCUCAAUCAAAUGUAUUUUAUAAAGCCCUUUUGACAUCAGUAGUUGCCAUUCUCCUGCUUUACUAAAUGUUUAAGUGAAACAUUUUGCUAGUCCGACAAUACUUAAGUACAGUGCCUUAGUGCAACAGUAUUCUUCCCCCUUGGUGUCUUUUCUAUGUUGUUGCAGUACAACCUGUUGGAUUUGGAUUUCUUGUCAUGGACAUACACAAAAUAGUCCAAAUUGGUGACGUGAAAUAAAAAUAACAAAAAUUCAAAAACAUUUAAAA